AUGGCAGCAAGAAGAUUGGGUCAGAUUUCCUGCCCAAUUUUACCCAAUCUGGCAACACAGACAUUGGGAACGCUGUGACCUUCUGUGGGUGGGAACAUCAGCAAGCAUGGCCGCCCGAGUUUUAACGAAAGGUAUGAUAUGUAAUUUUAUUGAAGGUAUUUGGGCUUUAUGUAAUCCUCGAUUUGUACCAGUCGGGUGCUCCAGCCAUGGGCAUCUCUCUGUCGCUGCAGCACAAAUAAAGUCGCCUCAGAUCCAAGCGGACAUUAACGCGACAGACAAAAUCCUGAGCCAGCCACUGGAGACUGAAGACUUCUUCCGCCUGUCAGAGCUUUUCUCUUUGAAAGACUUGUUCGAUGCAAGAGUUCACCUUGGUCACAAAAAAGGAUGCAGACACAGGCUGAUGCAGCCAUACCUGUUUGGCUGCCGUCUGGACCAGGACAUCAUCGACCUGGACCAGACCGUGGAGCACCUUCAACUGGCGCUCAACUUCACGGCCCACGUAGCGUACCGCGGCGGCAUCAUCCUCUUCGUCAGCCGCCGCCGCCAGUUCAGCCACCUGGUGGAAAGCACGGCCAGGGAUUGUGGCGAGUACGCCCACACCCGCUACUGGCAGGGCGGCCUGCUCACCAACGCGCCCAUCCAGUACGGGCCCGGCGUGAGGCUCCCUGACCUGGUGGUUUUCCUGUCCACGCUCAACAACGUGUUCCAGCAGCAUGUCGGCGUGCGCGACGCUGCCAAGAUGAACAUCCCCACGGUGGGCAUGGUGGACACCAACUGCAACCCCAGCCUGCUGACCUACCCGGUGCCCGGCAACGACGACACGCCCCUUGCCAUGGAGCUGUACUGCCGCCUGUUCAAGAUAACGGUGAACCGGGCUAAGGACAAGCGGCGGCAGAUGGAGCUGCUGCACGGGUUGAUGACGCCGCCGCCGCCCCCCACACAGAGCUCGUGAGCCCCAGGACUGAGACACAUUUUGUUUGCUUUUUGAAUGAUGCCUCGCUAAGGUCAAGACCUUCUACUGCGGGUUAGGUGGUUUGAUGAUGAUUUCAUCUUACUGUCACGUUCAGUUGUUGAGCCUCGGCAUUCGGUUUUGGGAUGUUGUAUUGCGAUUGAAUGCUAUACAGCAGAUAUGCAACGGUGGAUGCUCGGGUUUGUAAAUAGUAAUCUCAGAUGUCCUUCUACUCAACACUUUCUUUUUUCUUUGUCACUUGGUCUGAAACGUAUAAGACUGAAUAUUACUCAAUAAAAUCAGUUUUCUUGUUCAGAAUUUA